AUGAAAUACCUCCCAAGAAAAUACCGCGAGAGUCAAACCGAUUGGUUUGGAAAGCGAGGUAUUUCAUGGCACAUAACCACGGCCACAAGAAUGUACGAAGGACAACUUCAACUACUGUCACUCGUCCACCUUUUUGAAAGCUGUUACCAAGAUAGCAACACAGUUUUGGCUGUAAUUGAUGACGAGCUGAAACAGCUCAAGGAAACAAUGCGCAAAGUUGAUCGCGUCCACUUCAGACAGGACAAUGUUGGAUGCUACCAUAGCGCAUCUACAUUACUGGCAAUUCAGCAGGUGGCCAAAAGUCACGAUAUCAGCAUAGGGCUAGAUUUCUCGGAUUGCCAAGGGAAAAAAGGGGUCUUGCGACCGUAA